GCUGAGCGGACGUUGGAGGUGCCGAGCCAUUGCUUUUUGCAUGGAGCUGCCAUUGGGCCAAGGAGGAAAACGACAACGUUUUUAAGCCCGGGUAGAAAGCUCCCACCCCCUCCUUCUCAACCCUGUCAAUCUUUUGUUGGGGACGAUUAUUUAGUCUUCCUCUUGUGUUUUUGUUGUUAUCCUCUUUGUCAUCUUGAUAACACCAAACCCGCUACUCGCAUCAAAAAAGCCAUCUAGUUUCUUUAUUUUGAACCUCGUACCUCAUCCCCACCACAAUCUCUUACAAAAAACUCCUCCUCACCAACUACCUCAUUACCUACACCAACAAACCUCAUACAAACCUCUCACCAAAAAAUCAUUAUGGGCUUAUCAACCUGGACACUUGUCCUCGGCAUUCCCCCAACAGCCAUGCACACCCUCGGCGGAACAGUCUGCCACCAAGUCGCAACAACGUAUAUUGCACCAGCAGCCGAAAACAGUACAUCAAUGGAGACACAACGAGAGGAUUUUCGUCGAAUGGGACGGAAACGGAAUGUACUAUCCGGCCGGUUAACGAGGGCUCAGGAUGAGAUUUUGUCGUCGGUGGAGGGACAUGUUGUUGAUGUUCGACGGGGAAUGUUGAGGAGGGAGGCUUUGGAGAAUAGGUUGGGGAUGACAUUGAAUUGUCUAACCCUAACGUCAAACUACAUGCUCUCCUACCCCUUUUCUGUGGCAAGAUAUAAUCCCACGUCCCGUAUAGGAUUUACAUCCCUCCCAAAAGCAACAACCCACCAAACAUCCCUUCUCCUAACCGAAUACCUACUUGAACUUGUCCAAGAAACGUACCUCCUCCCCCGAUUUCCUACUCUGAAACAGUCUGGUUUGCUAGAAAAGUUGAAUACAUGUAUUUCCUAUAUGUUGACAUAUCCCCUCAAUCCAUACACCCACACGACGCUCUUCCCAUCCCUCAUACUCCACAUAUUGAGACAAACCCUUCAAAGCUACUUUCAAACCCGUCUCACACCACCAACGCCCACCCACCCGGAUACAAUCCACCUAGAUAAACCAACGCAGUCAUGGAUGUCAGAUGCCAUGUACUAUGGUGAUGACGCCAAAGAAGUUGUGUUACAAUUACGAAGGACAGUGUUGAGACGGUAUUGGCGGUCUGCGGUGGGGAGGAUUGGGGCAGGGUUGUUAACGAGUUUGUGUUGUUGGCCUGUUGAAGUUUUUUUGGGGUUUGUGGGGUGGAGGAGGGGGAUUGUGAGUUUGGUUGGGGAGUGCGUUGUUGGGUGGGGGGUUUUGGAGUGUGCUUGGUGGGUUACGUGGGGGGCUGGAAAGUGGUUGGAGCGAGUGAAUUGAUGAGGGGGUUUUAUGAAUAUUUUAUAUUACUGCCGCUAGAUAAUAUUUCUUCUAUUGUUGCA